UGGGCGGUGGCGGCUGCGGGGCGCGCGGCACGCGGGGCAAGGCAACGGGGGCGCGCGAGUGGGGCCAGUGUGGGGCACGGGGGCGCGUCCACGUGGCCGGCGGGACGGUCACCCGGGAGCCGGCCGUGGCGGAGGGACAGGCCUGUCCCUGGCUCAGCUGCUGGCCAUGCCCGCUGUCUGCCUCCUCCCGCUGCUCUUCCUCACUGUGGGUGGGGGGCUGGGCAGCAGCAGGCCCUUCCGUGCCUUUGUGGUGACAGAUACUACGCUCACCCACCUGGCCGUGCACCGAGUGACUGGGGAGGUGUUUGUGGGUGCCGUGAACCGGGUCUUCAAGCUGGCACCGAAUUUGACUGAGCUGCGGGCCCAUGUCACGGGACCUGUUGAGGAUAACGCUCGCUGCUACCCGCCCCCCAGCAUGCGUGUGUGCGCCCACCACCUGGUGCCCGUGGACAACGUCAACAAGCUGCUGCUCAUAGACUACGCAGCCCGUCGCCUGGUGGCCUGUGGCAGCAUCUGGCAGGGCAUUUGUCAGUUCCUCCGUCUAGAUGAUCUCUUUAAGUUGGGCGAACCCCACCACCGCAAGGAGCACUACCUGUCUGGGGCCCAGGAGUCUGACUCUAUGGCUGGUGUCAUUGUGGAGCAGAGCCAGGGACCCAGCAAGCUGUUUGUCGGUACUGCCGUGGAUGGCAAGUCCGAGUACUUCCCCACCCUGAGCUCCCGCAAGCUCAUCGGCGAUGAGGAUAGUGCAGACAUGUUCAGUCUGGUGUACCAAGAUGAGUUCGUGUCCUCUCAGAUCAAGAUCCCCUCAGACACACUGUCCUUGUACCCUGCUUUUGACAUCUACUACAUAUAUGGCUUUGUCAGCGCCUCCUUUGUGUACUUCCUGACGCUGCAGCUGGACACCCAGCAGACCCUCCUAGACACAGCAGGCGAGAAAUUCUUCACAUCCAAGAUUGUGCGCAUGUGCGCAGGGGACUCAGAGUUCUACUCAUAUGUAGAGUUCCCCAUUGGCUGCUCCUGGCGUGGCGUGGAGUACCGCUUAGUGCAAAGCGCCCAUCUGGCCAAGCCUGGCCUGCUGCUGGCCCAGGCCCUGGGUGUGCCGGCCGACGAAGAUGUCCUUUUCACCAUCUUCUCCCAGGGUCAGAAGAACCGGGCUAGCCCACCUCGGCAGACCAUCCUCUGCCUCUUUACCCUCAGCAACAUCAAUGCCCAUAUCCGCCGCCGCAUCCAGUCCUGCUAUCGUGGGGAGGGCACGUUGGCCCUGCCCUGGCUGCUGAACAAGGAGCUGCCGUGCAUCAACACCCCCAUGCAGAUCAAUGGCAACUUCUGUGGGCUGGUGUUGAACCAGCCUUUGGGUGGCCUGCAUGUGAUCGAGGGGUUACCGCUGCUGGCUGACAGCACGGACGGCAUGGCCAGUGUGGCUGCCUACACCUACCACCAACACUCCGUGGUCUUCAUUGGCACACGCAGUGGCAACCUGAAGAAGGUGCGGGUUGAUGGCUCUCAGGAUGCUCAUCUGUACGAGACAGUCCCGGUGGUGGAUGGCAGCCCCAUACUCCGAGACCUGCUCUUCAGCCCUGAUCACCAACAUAUCUACCUCCUCAGUGAGAAGCAGGUGAGCCAACUCCCAGUGGAGACGUGUGAGCAGUAUGUGAGCUGUGCGGCCUGCCUGGGCUCGGGGGACCCGCACUGUGGUUGGUGUGUGCUGCAGCAUAGGUGCUGCCGUGAAGGAGCCUGUCCAGGUGCCUCUGCCCCCCAUGGCUUUGCGGAGGAACUAAGCAAAUGCGUACAGGUGCGGGUCCGGCCCAACAACGUGUCAGUGACAUCCCCCGCGGUGCAGCUGACUGUAGCCAUGCGCAACGUGCCAGACCUCAGUAUGGGAGUGAGCUGUGCCUUUGAGGAGGUCACGGAGAAUGAGGCUGUCCUGCUGCCCUCCGGCGAGCUGCUCUGCUCCUCGCCCUCACUCCAGGAGCUGCAGACACUUACCAGGGGACAUGGGGCCAUGCACACGGUGCGGCUGCAGCUGCUCUCCAGGGAGACGGGCACGAGGUUCGCUGGGGCUGACUUUGUCCUGUACAACUGCAGCGCUCUCCCGUCGUGCAUGUCCUGCGUUGGCAGUCCUUAUCCCUGCCACUGGUGUAAGUAUCGCCAUGUGUGUACCAGCCACCCCCACGAGUGCUCCUUCCAGGAGGGCAGGGUCCACAGCCCUGAGGGCUGCCCCGAGAUCCUGCCUCGAGGAGACCUCUUGAUUCCCGUGGGCGUCAUGCAGCCUCUAACCCUGCGGGCUAAGAACCUGCCACAGCCUCAAUCAGGCCAGAAGAACUAUGAGUGCGUGGUUCGGGUACAGGGGCGGCAACAGCGGGUGCCCGCCGUGCGUUUUAACAGCAGCAGUGUGCAGUGUCAGAAUGCCUCGUACUCCUAUGAAGGCGAUGCGCUUGGGGAUACUGAGCUGGACUUUUCUGUCGUCUGGGAUGGGGAUUUCCCCAUCGAUAAGCCUCCGAGCUUCCGAGCCCUCUUAUACAAGUGCUGGGCACAACGGCCCAGCUGUGGCCUCUGCCUCAAGGCGGAUCCCCGCUUCAACUGCGGCUGGUGCAUCUCAGAGCACAAGUGCCAGCUGCGGGCCCACUGCCCAUCUCCCAAGACAAACUGGGUGCAUACAAGCCAGAAAGGGGCCCGCUGUAGCCAUCCCCGAAUCACACAGAUCCAUCCCCUCGUGGGGCCCAAGGAGGGAGGCACCCGGGUCACCAUCGUCGGGGAGAACCUGGGCCUUGCCUCCCGAGAGGUAGGCCUGCGAGUGGCUGGUGUGCGCUGCAACUCCAUUCCUACCGAGUAUGUCAGUGCUGAGAGGAUUGUGUGUGAGAUGGAGGAGUCACUGGUGCCUAGCCCACCGCCAGGGCCCGCCGAGCUGUGUGUAGGUGACUGUUCCGCUGACUUCCGUACCCAGUCUCAGCAGCUCUACAGCUUCGUGACUCCGACAUUUGACCGUGUGAGUCCUACUCGGGGCCCGGCUUCAGGAGGCACGAGGCUCACCAUCUCUGGUAGCUCUCUGGAUGCGGGCAGCCGGGUCACAGUGACCAUGAGAGAUGGAGAGUGCCAGUUUGUGAGAAGAGAUGCGGAGGCGAUUGUGUGCAUCUCACCUGUCUCCACCCUGGGGCCCAGCCAGGUCCCCAUCAUGCUUACCAUUGACCAUGCCAACAUCUCCAGCCCAGGAGUCAUCUACACCUACACUCAGGACCCCACAGUCACGCACCUUGAGCCCACCUGGAGCAUCAUCAACGGAAGCACUGCCAUCACUGUGAGUGGGACUCACCUACUGACUGUGCAGGAGCCCCGGGUUCGGGCCAAAUACCGAGGUAUUGAGACCACCAAUACGUGCCAGGUGAUCAAUGACACUGCAAUGCUGUGCAAGGCUCCCGGCAUCUUCCUUGGGCGGCCUCAGCCAAGGGCCCAAGGCGAACACCCUGAUGAGUUUGGCUUCCUGCUGGACCACGUGCAGACGGCCCGCUCUCUCAACCGGUCGUCCUUUACUUACUACCCUGACCCCAGCUUUGAGCCACUUGGGCCCUCCGGUGUGCUGGAUGUCAAGCCUGGCUCCCAUGUAGUGCUGAAGGGCAAGAACCUGAUCCCUGCAGCAGCCGGCAGCUCCCGCCUUAACUACACAGUGCUGAUCGGAGGUCAGCCAUGCGCGCUCACAGUCUCAGACACACAACUCCUGUGCGACUCGCCCAGCCAGACAGGCCGGCAGCCUGUCAUGGUGCUGGUGGGUGGCUUGGAGUUCUGGCUGGGCACCCUGCACAUCACAGCAGAACGGGCACUGACCCUGCCAGCCAUGGUGGGGCUGGCAGUAGGCGGGGGGCUCUUGCUGUUGGCCAUCACUGCCGUGCUGGUUGCUUACAAGCGUAAGACUCAGGAUGCCGACCGCACGCUCAAGCGGCUCCAGCUGCAGAUGGACAACCUGGAGUCUCGUGUGGCCCUGGAGUGCAAAGAAGCUUUCGCAGAGCUGCAAACGGACAUCAAUGAGCUCACAAACCACAUGGAUGGGGUGCAGAUCCCUUUCCUGGAUUAUCGGACAUAUGCUGUGCGCGUGCUCUUCCCUGGCAUCGAGGCCCACCCUGUGCUCAAGGAGCUGGAUAUUCCUCCCAAUGUGGAAAAGGCCCUUCGCCUGUUUGGGCAGCUGCUACACAGCCGCGCCUUCGUGCUUACCUUCAUCCACACACUGGAGGCUCAGAGCAGCUUCUCCAUGCGUGACCGAGGCACCGUGGCUUCACUCACCAUGGUGGCCCUGCAGAGCCGGCUUGACUAUGCCACGGGGCUGCUCAAGCAGCUGCUGGCUGAUCUCAUAGAGAAAAACCUCGAGAGCAAGAACCACCCAAAGCUGCUAUUGCGCAGGACAGAGUCAGUGGCAGAGAAGAUGCUUACCAACUGGUUCACAUUCCUUCUGCAUAAAUUUCUGAAGGAAUGUGCUGGGGAGCCCCUCUUCCUGCUCUAUUGCGCCAUCAAGCAACAAAUGGAGAAAGGCCCCAUUGACGCCAUCACAGGGGAGGCCCGCUACUCGCUGAGCGAGGACAAACUCAUCCGGCAGCAGAUCGACUAUAAAACCCUGACCCUGCACUGUGUGUGCCCAGAAAGUGAGGGAAGCACUCAGGUGCCAGUGAAGGUCCUCAACUGUGACAGCAUCACCCAGGCCAAAGACAAGCUGCUGGACACCGUGUACAAAGGCAUCCCAUACUCCCAGCGCCCCAAGGCUGAGGACAUGGACUUGGAAUGGCGUCAGGGCCGCAUGGCCCGCAUCAUCCUCCAGGAUGAGGAUGUCACUACCAAGAUCGAGUGCGACUGGAAGAGGGUCAACUCACUGGCCCAUUACCAGGUGACAGAUGGUUCCAUAGUGGCACUGGUGCCCAAACAAGUAUCUGCCUAUAACAUGGCCAACUCCUUCACCUUCACCCGCUCCCUCAGCCGCUACGAGAGCUUGCUCCGCACUGCCAGCAGCCCUGAUAGCCUCCGCUCACGGGCACCCAUGAUCACACCUGACCAGGAGACUGGCACCAAACUGUGGCACCUGGUGAAGAAUCAUGACCACGCUGAUCACCGAGAAGGGGACCGGGGCAGCAAGAUGGUCUCAGAGAUCUAUCUGACAAGGCUGUUGGCCACCAAGGGCACACUGCAGAAGUUUGUGGAUGACCUCUUUGAAACUGUAUUUAGCACAGCCCACCGGGGCUCAGCCCUGCCCCUGGCCAUCAAGUACAUGUUCGACUUCCUGGAUGAGCAAGCUGACCAGCACCAGAUCAGUGACCCUGAUGUGCGCCAUACCUGGAAAAGCAACUGCCUGCCUCUGCGUUUCUGGGUGAAUGUGAUCAAGAACCCGCAGUUUGUGUUCGACAUUCACAAGAACAGCAUCACGGACGCCUGCCUGUCGGUGGUGGCCCAAACCUUCAUGGACUCGUGCUCUACCUCUGAGCACCGCUUGGGCAAGGACUCACCUUCCAACAAGCUGCUCUAUGCCAAGGACAUCCCCAACUACAAGAGCUGGGUGGAGAGGUACUACCGAGACAUCGCAAAGAUGGCAUCCAUCAGUGACCAGGACAUGGACGCCUACCUAGUGGAGCAGUCUCGCCUUCAUGCCAGUGACUUCAACGUCCUAAGCGCACUCAGUGAACUCUACUUCUAUGUCACCAAGUACCGCCAGGAGGUAUGUCCAUGCACCCAAAGGGCCUGACUUGCUUGAACCUGAGAGUAUAAGCUAGGGGCAG